CCAUGCACAGCUCGGCGGCGCCGCCGGCCGCCCCCUCCGCGGGCCAUGCGGCCGCUGCUGCCGCUGCUGCUGCUCGCGACGGUGGCGCUGGGACAGCCGGGGGAGCCGUCGCUGUCCCCCGCGGGCGCGCAGUGCGUGGAGCAUGAGUGUUUCGCCGUGUUCUGGGGCUCCCGGCCCUUUUCUGCCGCCAGCGAUGUGUGCGAGCGGGGCGGGGGGCACCUCAUGACCGUGCGCUCCACCGUGGCCGAGGAGGCGAUCGCGCUGCUGCUGCAGAACCGCGAGGGGCGGCUCUGGCUCGGGCUGUCGCUGUCGCCCUCCUUGUCCUGCACCGAGCCCUCCCGGCGGCUCCGCGGAUUCCGCUGGGUCACCGGCGACCGCGGCACCGAUUACACCAACUGGGCGCCGUCGGGGCGGCGCUGCGGCGAGCGCUGCGUGACCGUGUCCCGGGAGCUGCGCUGGGAGGUGCGGCGCUGCGAAGAGGCGGCCGACGGCUUCCUCUGCCAGUACAGCUACGGCGACAGCUGUCCCCGCCUGGCCGCCCCGCACGGGGUCUCCGUCACCUACGCCACCCCUUUCGGCGCYCGCGGAACGGAGUUCCUGGCGCUGCCUCCGCGCAGCGUGGUUUUCGUCCCUGAUUUAGGGCUGGAGCUGCGCUGCGACGAGGACGGGGACGGAGCGGGGUCGCGCUGGGGCCGCGACACUCCGGGAGCGUGGACGUGCGAGCUGGCCGGCGGCGGCUGCGCGGGGACGUGCGGAGAGGACGGCGGGCGGCCGCGCUGCUCCUGCCCCGAGGGCUCGGUGCUGGGCGCGGACGGGCGCGGGUGCCGCUCGCCCUGCGCGGGGGCGCCGUGCCAGCACCACUGCGUGGUGGCCGGCGGCUCCUUCGUGUGCAUGUGCUCCGAAGGGUACCGGCUGGCGGCCGACGGCAGCAGCUGCGAGGACAUCGACGACUGCGCCGCCGAGCCCGGGCCGUGCGAGCAGGAGUGCGUCAACACCAAGGGCGGCUUCGAGUGCCGCUGUCACAGCGGCUACACGAUGGUGGACGGGCACUGCGAGCGGCUGUCGCCCUGCUUCGAGGCGCCGUGCGAGCAGCGCUGCGAGGAGCUGCCCUCCGGCUACCGCUGCGCCUGCCACCCCGGCUACGCCGUGCACCCGCUGGAUGUCACCCGCUGCGUCCUGUACUGCAACGCCACCGAGUGCCCGGCYGUGUGCGACGACGGAGGGGCCUGCGAGUGUCCCGAGGGCUUCGUGCUGGACGACGAGGAGCUGUGCGUGGACAUGGAUGAAUGCGACAGCGGUCACUGCGAGUUCAACUGCACCAACACCCCGGGCGGCUACCAGUGCCACUGUCCCCCCGGCUACCAGGUCCUGAACAACGAGUGCGCCCUGGAGGGAGAUGGCGAGGAAACGUUCUCGGGGGAUAUGGAAACCGUCCCGCACACGCCCGUCCCCAGCCGACCCCCCCCGAAAGCGGAGCGGCUGCACCCCGGGGUGCUGGUGGGCAUCGCCGCGGGUGCCCUCCUGAGCCUUUUGGCCCUGCUGGCUCUGGGAUUGCACCUGGCCAGGAAGCGCUGCCGUUCCCACGGCUCCAUGGAUUACAAGUACAGCGGCCCCCAGGAGAAGGAGCUCGGACUUCAGCCGGUCCCCUCCGGACAGAAACCGUAGGGACAGCAGGCAGGACGGACAGUGGGAGGCGGAACUGGGUGACGUUUACUCCCCCCCCCCCCCCCCAGCUCCCCAGUUGGAAUUUUUAAUGAUAAUUAGAAAAAAAACUGUGAGCACCCCACUUUCCAAAGUAUUCCCUUCUUCCCAGCCGGCUCUUGGAAUGCUGGUGCCGGGGAAAUGGGAAAGAAGAACACAGAGACGCUGCUCCAUUCCUGCCUCCUUGGCGUUCAGCUUUCCUUUUCCAGAGCCGGUGGUCGGGAAAACCGCAAGGAAAAACCCAGGAGGGGCGGCUCCAUGUGGAAAUGACUCUAAAUCUGUGGGAUGAGGGCACGGUGUGACCAAGGCRGGGACUGUGGAAGGACUCUAGGAUCCCAAUCCUUCUCCUGGGAAUUGUGUGCCGAGCUGRAGAGGAUGGUUUUCCUGAGCUGGGAGUCUCCUGCUUUUCUUUGGGAUGGGGUUGGUUUGUUUUGGGCUGAGGGGUGAUGGAAGAAGGAGCCUCCCUGUUGUGGGAGGCACUUGUCACCUUAAGUCCCUGGUGACAGCAGGGACCCGGCUCAGUGUCACCGAGGAGGGGCUAAAAUCCCUGAUUCCUGUUCCCUGUCACUAUUUUUUGCGCGAUGUGGAGGUGAAAUAGGGACACCAAGGCUGCCGGGGUGAGUUGUGUAGGAAAAGUUUGUGGUGCUGCGGAGCCACAUCCAAUUCCUUCCCUGAUUUUCCACUGUUGUUGCCUCAAAUUGUUGCUUUGGGGCUAUUUUUAUGACCCCUCCUGCCCACAGAGAUUUCCCCUGUUUUCCCUCAUCCAGGGCUGACUCUAUCCCAAGGCAAAACAUUCCCACGGGGCAGGAUCCAGCGCGCUGCUCAUUCCCAGCCACGGAUUGAGGGGAAUUCUGGAAAAUGAUCUGCUUCUCUAGUUCCAUCAUUCCCUGGGGAGCCAAGGGGGGGGUCUUGCUCCGACGGCUGUUGAGGCGAGAAUGUCGGAGCCGGCGCUGACAGCUUUAUGCCAGUGAAAUAUUAUCCUGGAGCAGUGGAAGUUUUGGAAGCCUGGGAUCAGAGCCGGGGGAUUCUGUUCCCCACAUCCGUCCUUCCCACACGAUAAAAUUCCUAGCAUGCAGCAUCCCUCCUGGAAUGCUAAAGCUCCGCUGCAAAUUCCCAGGAAAAUCAAAAUAGAGGCGUUGUAGGAGCUGUAGUUUUCCUAAGAGGUCAUUAUCCYGAAAGUCAGAUAACUGAGGGUCGUGUCCAUGCAUCCCUCGGGAUGGAUUAAAAUGAAACCACAUGGAACGAUGGCUGUAAAUCUAUGGAUGUGUCAGGUUUAUUUUAGGACAAUUUGGCUGCAGUGGGAAGGAUGGAGCUGUUUUGAUUCUUCAUAAUUCUCCAUGAUUAUCCAGAAAUAGAUAUCAAAACAUAAAGGUGUCACUUGGGAAAACAUCCAAGGAAAAGGAAGGGGAAGGAAGGAGAAGAAUUGAGAGUGGAAAGACCCUGAUAAAAGGCAUCAUCCCGCCUGCAGGAYCUGCUUCCCAUGGAUCUUUCCUUUAUCCCAAAGUUUGUUUUUCCUGGUCACCCUCGAGUGUCCCGUGGGAAGAUUUUGCCACCACACCCCCAAAAACUCCUUCUCUCCCUCUUAUCUCGAAGUCCCACUGCGGAGUUUUAUCUUAUCAAAAAUUCAUUCCGUGGCCUUAUGGUGCUGGAGUCCUGAAUUUCCGGCACUCCCUGUUUUAUCCCCCCUCCUCGGCACAUUUGUAAAUUCUUAUUUAUUUAUUGGACUUUUWCCCUGCGUGAUGGAAUUGUCAGUUUGAGAUCCUGUGUGGACACCAAUAAAGCUUUGCCAGUCUGGUUUAAAGGAGCUGCUCAGGGAAUUUUCUUUCUCCCCUCCCCAAAAAUUUCCUCCAGAAACCCAGGAAAUUCAGGACACCACUGAGAUGAAAACRCUCCCCGCUGGUCACUUCUCCAGUGGGAUUAAAAGGGAAGGAAUGAGCCAUAAAUAAUGGACAACGCGGAUAACAUUCCAAGCACAAAGUUAACCCCCAAAUAAACUGGAAGUGGCUCAUUCCAUGGGACUUCAGUACUGUUCCUCACCCCGGGGUAUCAAGUUCACCAAAAUUUGGU